AAUUUGACCUUGGGUUCAGUCAAAUAUGGCCUUGUUGUCGAUGAUCGGGCGACCUGCAACUGCAAAAUAAGUAAUAGAAGGUUUAUUUGGCUGCCAAAAAGCUGCUAAUUGACGACUUUUCAAAAGCCAUCUCUUCUCGGAGGAAUUUUUUUUAAUUAUCGUUCAAUGUCAAUAAACAUUGAUAGUUGGACGCGUGUUAAAAUACUUUAAAAAGCUUAUACUCAAUUGGAUUUUUCCGUGAAAUAUAAUCAUCGAAACAAUGCCUGUUCCCUAUCCUCAACAUCCGAUCCCUAUUGAAGCGCUUUCUGAAUAUGACAUUCGUGAAAUACUCUUGGAUGGUCAUGAAAUUCUUGAAAAGCCACUAACUCCAGCUGCAAACUUCCAGAGGAUUAUUAAUCACAUCGAUUUUUCUGAGAGCAGCAGUUAUAGUGAUAAUUGUUCUCAUAAUAAAGAGUCUGAGUUUUUUCCAAAGAACUUUACACCAAAAAUAUGGGAAAAUGUUAAGGAGACCGUACGUACUACCUUGAUUGAAAUCAAUGCUUUGGUUGACGUUCUUUCCAUCAUCAAAGAAGGAAAAUAUCUGGCCAUUAAUCCUGUUGCUGAUGAUUCGCAAGAAACUAAUCUUUCUCUUUACCUAUCUGGGAAAAAACGAUCUAUCGCUGCUGCCGCUGAUAUCUUAAUGAAAGGUGCUGAGCGUCUCCGUCGUAGACACAGUGAAUUGAUUGAUGCUAGAGUCCGACGAUUGAAUUCAAUUGUUCCUCCUCAGUUUGAUAGUACUCAUAACUCCUUCCAUAAAGCACUAAUGCAUCUACGCCAAGAAUGGAGACUAAAGUUGCAUCAAAAUUCUAUUUUAGGUGAUGUUAGUCUACGGUCAGUUGGUUCUCACUUUAGGGAGUCUGGUAAUUUCGAGAUCCGGGAAUCAGAUGGUUUUGCUGAUAGUAAAUCAGAUGUGGAGUCACAAGACGACAAGUGUGUUGAUGCAGUAACUGGAGUUAUGAUCAUUUUUUCUCAGUCUAUGGAAGCUCUUUUAAAUUUAUCUCAUGGACCUGGUUUAUUAGCUGUUGAAUUCCUUGAAUCGGAUAUUAAUUCACUACCCACACCUUUAUUAGAGUUCAUAUUUCAUAAACAACAAAUAUCCUCAUGUUCUAGGGAUCCGUUACCUAUUAAUCAAAGACAAAAACUUUUCAAAGCUCAGAGAUUAUUAGCAUGUCGAGAAAUUUUAUCUUUGCUUAGUUGUGAAGCAAGUACUUCAAAGGAAUAUAAUCAUCUAACUGGUUCUGUCGCUUUUGCCACUCAGGAUAAGAUCAUAGCUACAUUAUUUCCGGGAGUACAAAUAUGUCUGUCGUCCGCUGUUAGACCUACAGUUUUUGGUGAAGAUGUAUCGGGUGACGAAAGACCAAAAUUGCAAGAUAAAAAAUCGGAUCAUACAGUAUCUACUAUGGACCAUUCAAAUUGCAUAAACUUGCAACUACAUCGUAUGUUAGCAGGUCAACAUCGUGCAGUGUGGCCGAAUCUUGCCAGUUUGCCACAGCCUACAUGUGGCCCUGUAGAGAUUCCUUUAUACUAUCGUUCAGGUGGUGCAAAUGGAUUACAUGCUUCGAAAUUCUCAUCGCUACCAUAUAGCACGAAGUUCUCUGGAUUUUCUGUCGCUGUAGCUAGUGUUUCUGGUUUUGCUUCCCAAGCUGCUUCUGCUUUGUGUGUUAUUCACGCUACUAACCGGACUAACUCAAAUAGUGUUGAGAAAACAAACACCUUUAACCAGCGAUCCCAACCCAUCUUCGCUGGUCAAGAUCGCUUGUCGCUCUUCACAGAAUGGGGACACUCACUCCCAGGUGGAGCCUGUGUUCCAUCAGUUGGGUUUCGUCACGGGGUACCAAACUCUGCUGAUGAUUCAGUCCCUGGCACGAGUGACAUCGCUAUGCUGGAAUAUACCCUGUUAUCUCGAGGAGUUGAUGAAGACACAAUGAAAACUGUUCUUGGUACGAAUCCGUCGUUACUUAGCCGAACCAUUGCCAUAUCUCGUCAUCACUAUCUUCGAGAUCAAGUAUACUCCAUCAUAUCCGAACUUUCUCAAUGCUCUCCUAUUAAGAUUAUAGCUCAUUGGGAUACUUUUAAUUCUGCUACUGAAACGUCAGUCAGAUUGUGUUUUUACUGUACAGAUUAUGAUGCCUAUCGUUCGUGGUUAGGUGUAACAAUUACACCUAAUGGUCUUGUGGUGUUGUAUGCCGACCCUCCUAGAACAUAUCGUUUAGGUAUGGAUCUAAACAGACUCAGAGAUGUUUUGAACAAUCAGGUAUUGUAUACACAAAUGAAUUAUAUAGAUAUAUUGGCUAUAAAAAUUUUGGGUUGGGUUCGACUAGGGAAUAAUCCAUUUUCAGCACUAGCCAAUCCUGAAGAAAUCGGUGAUGGUCCAGUGAUAGUAAAAAUGUUUGCAUCUCCUUCUGCUAAACAUUUAAUUUGUUUACGUGCAAGUGCUGUCAUGGAUAUUCGAAUGUUUGUUUCUCGUUGUAGUCCAUGCGACUACCAAUUUACUACCGAUCAUAAAGAUAUAUUUUCAAAUCAAGACUUUCGUGAAGUAUUUCUUUCUCAUAUGUAUGGAAAAAGUUUGGUGUCCAAAGUUGAAGCACUUAUGACUUUAUUAUCCUAAUGAAAGUAUUAUAAAAGAUUUUGUUUUAAUUGUGUAAAUAAAUAUUACUUUAUACAUU